AUGAUAACCCCGGGAGUAACUUCAUCCAUGUUUAAUUACACUGGUAGAAAUGGUCUUAUCGCACAAUUAAUGGCGCUGGAGCAUCGAAUCUAUCGCCUUCAAUUCGUAGCUACAAUUUCCCGAACUAACCGAACCUGCCAUCGUCUCCAAUGCUUGGCUAUACCUCCCAUGCUCUCCUACUUCCCGGUAAUCGAAACUGCAGCAGCUGGAACCAAUGUACUCAUGAUGAAAUCAAAGGUCAGCACACAGUGGUCGCCAUGUCCUAGAGGAGCGUCAAUUGUUACCUGA